AGUUCCAUUAAGACACGGAUCGAAUGAUUUGACGUUCCCGCUUAGAAAACUGGUUAGCAAAGUGUUGAAAACACAAACAGACACAGUGUUUGUUUCAUGACGCUGCUAGACCAUGGAUGCCAGUCAAGAAGACCUGAGCAAACUGAGCAUAAUCAACUCCUCUGAUGAGAUUGAAUUAGAUCAUUCUUAUCAGGAAGACUUUUACUCAUCUGCUGAUGAAGAUGAUGUUGAUGAAGAUGAUGCUUCAGAAAAAAUCCCAGAAUCAAUGCUCAAAUAUUUUGAAGCCUCCAAGAACAGAGCAAAUCAGUUUGAAAAGCUCAUCCUUGAGGAUGUUCAAGAUGAUGAUUCCGGAGCGGCUGAGGUGUAUUCCAUCAUUUCAAGUCGUUCUGAAGACCUUUUAAUGGAACUGGCCUCUGACUUAGGCCUACACGAGGACCCAGUGACGUUAAAAGAACGAGUCAUGUCCGAGAUGGAGGAUGAGGAGUUGAACACUAUCCCCAACGAGGCCUGUCCUCACACUGUAUCUGACGGUGACAUUACAGACAGCGUGCCACACAACAGUGAGGAUGAUAUUGAAUGUGAUGCAUAUUUGUGGUCUGAAAAGCAACUCAGUCUGGAACUGAAAACGUUGGAGCGUAAGUUGAAAGAGGAGGAUGAGAGGAGAAUUGUGGAGCGAAAGAAGGAGCAGAAUGAGAAGAGAGAAAAGGAGGAGUGGAGGAAACGCCGACAGAGAGACUUCGAGGAGGAGCUGAGGCGAAUAGAAGAGGGCAAUGUGCAUCAGCCUACAGGCAUCGAGGAGAUGAGAGAAAGAGAGGCAGAAGAGAAGCUUCAACAAGAGUUGCUCAAACAGCAGGAGCUGAUCAGCAGCCUCCAGAGACAGAUAGAGGAGGAGAGGAGGGCCUUUGAGAAGGCGCAGGAGGAGGAGAGGAGGAAGACCCACCAGUCUCGAUGCAGGGCGGCCAUCACUAUCCAGGCUGCCAUCAGAGGCGUUCUGGCACGCCGGUGGACCAGGGCUGAGCUCCACCGCAGAAGAGAGGAACAAAGGAGGUGUGAGGAGGAGAGGAGGAGGAGGAGGAAGGAGAGGGAGGAAAGGUGGAGGAGGGAACAGGAGGAGCAGCGGCUGAAGCAGGAGAAGGAAAAAAGGAGGAGAGAGUUGGAGGAGGAGGAGCUGAAGAGGAGGAGAGGAGAAGAGAAGGAAGGAGGAGCGGAGAAAGCAUGA